AUGGAUCGUCUAGAAGAGUCAAGCACGCAACAAAAUCAUAAAAAAGUCAUCGACCUAGACAAACUCAGUCGGACAACACAAAAAGUGAAUAAGACAGGCUUAAUUUACCUUGCACGAAUUCCAGUGGGGAUGGGACCUGGAAAAGUGAAACAUUUAUUGUCUAAAUGGGGUACUGUGAAUCGAAUUUAUCUAGCACGACAUGAAGAAGCAAAAACAAUCAAGGUUAAGAAGGGUAAAGAAAAACACCAAAGUUAUCAAUUUAAGGAGGGAUGGAUUGAAUUUGAAGAUAAGAGGGUAGCUAGACGGGUAGCCGAACUUCUUAACACUCGCCCUAUUGGUGGUAAGGCUAGCGAUCGAUACUCGUCCGAGCUAUGGUCACUCAAAUAUUUACCGAAAUUUAAAUGGUCAAAUCUAUCUGAUCAAAUGGCCGUCGAGCGUAGACUGCGUGAACAACUGCAACGCAACAGUCUUGAAGACAGUAAAAAGGAUCAAGAUUGGUACCUACGGAUGGUGGAGAAGAACCGUGUGGGCAACAAGAUUAAGGAGAAGGAAAUCAGCAGGAAAGGCAAGGUGGUCAAUUCGACUAGAUGGGCACCAAAAGAACACAAGCAACGGAACAUUCGAGCCUCAGAUACACACGGAGAAACUAAUCAACAAACCAGCACUGGAAGUAGAUCCAACACUGAUGGAAUGAAGACUGUCUUAUCAAACUUGUUAUAA